UGAUUGCUAUAAAACCCUUAGUCCAGGGUCCCAGACACACACUGUCCACUUUGGAUUCUUGUGCAAGAGGAAAAGAUACAGACCCAUUUCUGGACCCUGGGCAGGUACCUGCAGACAGUUAAGAUGAUGUUCCCCAGCCUUAUAGCUCCCCCAGCAGUGUACCCCAGUCUCCUGAGACCGACCCCCACCAUGAGCCUGCACUCAGCUUUAGCAAGCCACUCCAGCUUCCUUGUGGAGGAUCUGAUCAGAAUCAGCAGGCCAGCAGCAUACCUCCCCAGGGCUGUACCUCCACCCAGCAUGUCACCCCCUAAAUCUGACAGCCCCACUGGCAUGUCAGACUGCAGGAGGGAGAACACAGCACAGAAUUCUGCAAACACCAACGGUUCUACUUACCUGAAGUUUGGAGUCAAUGCCAUCCUUUCUUCAAACACAAGGACAGAUAUCUCUCCAGCUCUGAUUUCAACCCUCCCUCCAAAGACCUUCUCAUUCCCAUAUUUUGAUGGAUCUCUCCAGCCCUUCAUCAGAUCUUCCUACUACCCAGGUUCGUCCUCGGUGGUUCCGAUUCCCGGUACAUUCUCCUGGCCCCUGGCGUCUAGAGGUAAACCGCGCCGGGGGAUGCUGCGCAGAGCUGUAUUCUCAGACGUCCAGCGCAAAGCCCUAGAAAAGAUGUUUCAGAAACAGAAGUAUAUCAGCAAACCAGAUCGGAAGAAACUGGCAGGGAAACUGGGCCUUAAAGACUCUCAGGUGAAAAUCUGGUUUCAGAACAGGAGGAUGAAAUGGAGAAACUCAAAGGAAAGGGAACUUUUGUCUUCCGGAGGGAGCAGGGAGCAGACGCUACCCACCAAAUUUAACCCUCACCCCGACCUCAGCGAUGUGGGUAAGAAGAGUCUUGAAGAUGGUGAGGAAGAGACUCUGUGCCCAGCUGGCAGCCCAAGGCACGUCUUGUCCUACACGUGCUCUGACCUCCACCUUCGCCUGGACGCUCCACUACCCUCCUCCCCCUAUAACUCCAGCAGCCCCAGCAAACCCUCUGACUUCUCUGACUCUGAGGACGAGGAAGGGGCACAGGAGGAAGAGAUCACGGUGUCCUAGCCCCCUGCUCCCCUUACCACAAGGACUUGUUAAAUAUAUAUAUAUAUUCUAAUACGUGAAUACAAAUUGGAGAAGGAGUCUGUUCCGUAUGUGAAAGUCACUCUGGGGCGGAUGGAAGUGGGCCUUGCGCAACACACACAUAUUUGGGGUUAUUUAUGAAAUGGUGUUAAUGGUGCAAUUCAUACGCAAUCAGUGUCUGGGCUCAUUUAUACUUAGAUGGAUGCAUGAUCUAAUUAUUAUUUUGCAAUUUUGUAACAGAUUAUGUAUUAACAUAGGUGUAAAUGUGCCCCAAUGUUUUUUUACAUUAGUUUAUUGAUUUACGAUCCUCUGCUAUCCUGUAUCUGGUCUUAUCUGCACUGUAAGAAAAGUUACAACCACUCCUCAGUUUGUACUGAUGUAUAAAGUCCGUUUUGAUAUCUCUUUAUACAGGAGCAAAGGUAAAAUUAAGUCCAAACAGUUCGUAUUUAGUGUACAGAUUGCACCAUUAUUAUUAUUAUUUUUUUUUAUAACUCCCUAUAUAUUUUGUCGUUUGUACAAUUUAUUUGUCCUGCCAAAACUUGACUAGCUUAAUGCAAGGUGAGGGUGGCAUCGUUUAUGGCUGACCAGGAAAUAUUUUUGCCCCUUAAAUCUUCUAAUGUGUAUAAUGUACCAGAACCAUUUUCAUGGACCACAUUUCCAGGGGGACAUCAUUAAGGACGGACGCCUCUCCGAUGUAAUGCUCGCUGUGUGUACAGCUGAUAUGAACUGUACUAUAUUGUACAAUAUCUGUAUGGGAAUUUUAUACCAAUGGUAUUAUCUCUGGCUUAUUUUCUUGCCUUUUGCAUUUUU